CGAGACGGAAAGACUUCUGACGCUACAGGUCAUGUUUAAGGCUUCCGACAUCGGCCACCUGGGGGCGAGUCCAGAAAAUCACAAGAGGUGGCUUACCUGCCUUGAGGAGGAGUUCUUCCGUCAGGGCGACCAGGAGCGCCAGAGGGGCCUCCCAGUCAGUCCCCUGUUUGACCGGGCCAAGCAGGGAGUCAGCAAGAGCCAGGUGGGGUUCUACGACUUCGUGGCGCUGCCGCUGGUGCGAGCCGUGGCGGAGGCCUUCCCUGGAGCGCUGCCCCUGCUGCGCUGCUUCUCUGAGAAUUACAAAUACUGGAAGGAGCUGGAGGCGGAGGCGUCAGGGGCGGCGUCAGAGGCGACGGCAGGGGCGUCAGCGGCGGCAGGGGCGGCGUCAGGGGCAUCAGCGGCGGCGGGGGCGGCGUCAGGGGCAUCAGCGGCGGCGGGGGCGGCGUCAGGGGCAUCAGCGGCGGCGGGGCCGGCGGCAGGGGCGUCAGCGGCGGCAGGAACAGCAUUGGCAUCAGCGGCGUCAGGGGCGACGUCAGGAGCAUCAGCUGGUGAUGAGGUGCCACCAACCCCAGCACCAGUACCAGCGGCACCAUCGAAGCCGGCAGCUUGGGAGUCGGAAUGCGGUGGACGUAGCUCUGAUAACAGUAACGCCACAACCCCCGCCGCUACUGCAGCUACUACCUCAGCCACAUGAGCAGUUGGUAAGUGAAACGCUGGUGAGCCACCGGGGGCCAGCCGGUGACGUCAUCGUACCCC